ACCCAGCCAGCAGCAGCCGUUGUAAUAUUAGCCAUUUGCCUCAAGCGUUUAGCUGUUUCAUUCUUUGUUCUUCAGUUCCCAAACCCAGACAGAUUCUAAAACAGAAAAUGCCAACCGUAGCAUGCAAGUAAUUUACCCAAAUAACAAGCAAAACACCAAAACUAAAGCUUGUUUCUCCUUUUUCUUUUGUUUUUAUCUUCAUUUUUAAGUACUUUGUUUUCAAUUGAAGACAACAUCCAAGGACAAAAGAAAACACGAGAAAGAGAAAGAGCAAUGGGAGCUUACAGAGCUGAUGAUGACUAUGAUUACUUGUUUAAGGUUGUCCUGAUCGGUGACUCUGGUGUUGGGAAAUCCAACCUUUUGUCUAGAUUUACCAAAAACGAGUUUAGCCUUGAAUCCAAGUCUACUAUUGGGGUUGAGUUUGCCACUCGUAGCAUUACUAUCGAGGAUAAGGUUGUCAAAGCUCAGAUUUGGGACACCGCUGGCCAAGAAAGAUAUCGUGCUGUCACCAGUGCAUACUACCGUGGGGCUGUUGGUGCUUUACUAGUCUACGAUGCCACCCGCCAUGUUACCUUUGAGAACAUAGAAAGGUGGCUCAAGGAACUUAGAGAUCACACUGAUGGCAGCAUUGUGAUUAUGCUGCUCGGGAACAAGUCGGACUUGCGUCACUUGCGAGCAGUUUUGACCGAAGAUGCCAAAGCUUUCGCCGAAAAAGAGAAAACUUAUUUCAUGGAAACAUCCGCACUGGAGUCUCUCAAUGUUGAGAGUGCAUUCACUGAAGUGCUGACACAGAUUUAUCAUGUUGUAAGCAAGAAAGCUCUUGAAGGUGGAAACAUCCAAGCAACUUUGCCAAAAGGCCAAAUGAUCAAUGUCGGAUCGAAAGAUGAUGUAUCAGCCAUAAAGAAAGGUGGAUGUUGCUAGACUUAAGUGCAGGCUUUGAAAUUGAAUGCCCUUUGUUCAUACAAGCGUGAACAAUAAACCAGUUGACAUUGUGAUUUGGAUCAUGUCAAAUACAAACUAGUCUAUGUUAGCUUGAGCUCUAGGACUUAAAUGGUUUUUGUUAAUUUCAUGCAUUGCUAAGACCUAAA